AUUCAUUCCUCCAGCGCUCUCGACCAGAGCGCGCGCGCACACCGCUAAUCAGUGCUCGCGAUACACGUACCUAUUUUUUAUGUAAUUUAAUCGCUCAGACCAAUAUACGGUUUUAAAGUACAAUUUGGUGUCGUCUUCAUCAUUUACGAACCUUCGUCAACAAGUUUCGAACCGGAUUUGACGUAAAGCAACUUUAAAGACGCCGUUUCGACGAGGUCCAUCAAACACAAAGAAGAUAGCGCGCCUGGCCGAGACUACAAUCGCCAUUUUUAUAACAUCGGAGUGAAUCACCGCGAGCCAACCUAAGCUACAACUACUACAAUAAAGCGAAAUUUGUGAAGUCAUUGUCCUGCCCGAGAAUAAAGAAACGAGACAUUCAAAACCAGAAAAGGGUUCCACAAACCAAGAACGGCUCCACAUACCAGGAAAAGGGUUUGCAGUAUUUAUUUGUGAGUCGUUCCUAUUUUAUUUCUUAUUGCGCAGGUAUAAUUUGACCACCUUUAUUUGGUACUUAUUUCUUUAAUUUUCAAUUUAAUUCUCUUCUAGCUACUAAAAUCACAUUCCUGUUUCACGUCACCCAACUCUUAAUCAGUCUACAUCUUAGUUAAAUCGUAAUAUUUUUUUAAUAUUCCUUUUUAAUUUACAAGCUUUCUUAUCAAGGUUAACAUUCCCGUUCAUAUUUUGGAUAUUUUUAUUACAGUUUCCGUAAAAUUAGCUUAAAAUUAGUAACCACAUUUCAAGGCCUAAUUAAUUGUAUUGCAACCAUUUGUGCCAACCGUGUGCCAUCAUUGCUAUAUUUUAAUAUUUACUUGGAAUAUUUCAGAAAUCUACACGUGUUCGUAUUUGUACCUACACGUAACCAAGCCGUGCCGGGGCCGGAGCUACAGCGUGCACGUGCACGUGUACACCUGCUUCCGUCAGUGUUCGCGCUUGCUUGCCUGCCUGCCUCCGCCACGCCACGCCACGCCAUUGCCUCUCGCACACGUGCUAUUUGCAAAAUUUCAAAAUUUACGUAUCGCUUCACACACUAUAUUAUUUCACAUUUUUUUUAAUUUAAGCACUUGCUAAUCACAUUUUCCUAUUGCAGCUGGAAAUUUGAAUUCUAUCGCCAUUUCUAUAACUUUUAACUAAAUUUUCACUUUCUAUCACAAAUCUUUUGUUUUCUUUAAAAAUUUGAUUUUUUCAAUACUUCACGCAUUGCCAAAAUGGAUUUAAAAAAUCUCAAAAAAACACGUGCCUCUUUCAAAUCAAAGCUUACCAUAUUUAAAUCAUAUUUAGAGCCCCUUUUGUCAUGCCAUACGCUAAAUAAUUUGCAAAAUCAUGAGCUGAAUACCAGAUUCAUUAAAAUCCAAGAUAUGUACAAUGAUUUUGAUUCCGUUCAAACUGAUAUAGAAAAUUUGACGGAAAUUCCAGGUGACGAACACACAGAACGGGAAAAUUUCGAGACAAGCUACUUCGGUGCCUUGGCUGCUGCGCAGGAACUGCUCAGCAGGCACACCGCGGCUGGUGCUGCUUCUGCGGCGCCUGAGGACAAUCUGGUAACGGGUUCCAAUGUCGUUACUGCACUCACAGGUGGGCCAAAUAUUAAAUUACCUACAAUUCAUUUACCUACCUUUUCUGGGCGCUAUCAGGACUGGUUAGAAUACCAUGAUACCUACAAAUCUCUCAUACACGAUAAUCAAUCAAUUCCAAUCAUCCACAAAUUUCAUUAUUUGCGAAGUUCAUUGAAAGACGGUGCUUCACUCGUAAUUAAAUCACUAGAGUUCUCGUCUGAUAACUAUAAGGUCGCAUGGGAUUUGCUUUGUGAACGUUACACAAACGAUAGAAUAUUGGUAAAUAAUCACUUAAAUGCAUUAUUUAACAUAAACCCCGUGCUUCAAGAAUCUUCAAGGGCCUUACGAAAUACCAUAGAUUUAAUCAAUAAAAAUCUCAGGGCUUUGAAGACUCUUAAUUUACCCACAGAGCACUGGGACAUCCUCAUAAUCCACAUGGUAACUAGCAAACUCGAUUCAGCCACUUUGCGCGAUUGGGAAACCGAGCGCAAUAAUAUUAAAAAACUACCAACAUUAACGGAAUUUACCACUUUCUUAAGAAAUCGCGCAGAUUUGCUAGAAACCAUGGAGGAGGCACAAACACUAAAUAAACCACGUCGACACAGCGACAUUACUCACAAUCGUCCUAAAUCAUUUCUUGUAAACCAUGCUCAAAAUCAGACUCAGUAUAAAUAUAAGUGUCCUGUUUGCAUAAAUAAUCACUCAAUUUAUCAAUGUACUAAGUUUAAAACAAUGCCAGUUGAAUCCCGCAUUAAUAAAGUGAAUCAAUUGAAUCUUUGCACAAAUUGUUUGCGAUCAGGACAUGACGAACAACGUUGCAGGCUGAGCUCAUGCCGGCUUUGCACACAAAGACACAAUACCAUGCUACAUAUAAACAAUCAAGCAAAGGCAGACCCUAAGUCUUCCACAUCCAAACCUAAUGAUUGUGUAGCAUCACCAACUCUAAAAGAGCAUACACAAGCUCCACAACAAAUUACAAACAGUGCUGCUUUAUGCUCCACGUUCGGUAGCCAUCGUGUACCGUUAUCUACAGCUGUCAUCAACGUCAGCGACUAUGAUGGCCACACACACCAAGUUAGAGUUCUCUUGGACAACGGAAGUAUAUCUAGUUUCAUUACCAAAGAUCUUCAAGCAAAAUUAAAAUUACCUUCUUAUUCCACUAGCAUAUCCGUCACAGGGUUAGAAAAGAAAAGAUCAAGCAUCACCGAACAUUGUGAUGUAACCAUAACUUCACGUACGCAAGAUUACACAGCAGAAGUCAAUUGCUUCGUUGUCCAAGAGAUCACUGAUAUGAUUCCAUUCACCAAACUAAAUUGUGAUUCGUUCACUAUUCCCCCUCACAUCCACCUAGCGGACCCGAACUUUUACGAGCCAUCCGAGGUGCAGAUGCUGCUGGGUGCAGAACUCUUUUGGGAGUGCAUUACAUACAAUCACAUAUCCCUGGGCAAGAAAAAACCCGUCCUAGUUGAAACAACACUCGGAUGGCUUGUUGCAGGUUCUAUACAUACACAAAAUUCUAAACAAAAGCAACCCUAUACAGUCCAUUGCAAUCUAAUCAAUAACAUUGAGCUCGAUGCAAAACUAGACAAGUUUUUUGAACUAGAAUCAGUUCCAUCCACUCAACAAAUCCACACUAAAGGUGAGAGUGAAUGCGAACGCAUAUUUACACAAACAACAACCCGCCACCCAGAUGGUAAGUUUGUUGUCACAAUACCAUUAAAAGAAUCUCCUGAAUGUUUGGGCGAUUCUAAAACACAAGCAUUACUUCGAUUUCAAGCAUUAGAGCGUAAAUUCAAGCGCAAUCCAGAAUUCAAACAAAAAUACAUAGAAUUUAUUGACGAAUACCUAAGAUUAGGUCACAUGUCAGAAAACACUGACAUACAUACCAACGAAACUUCAUAUUUUUUGCCACAUCAUGCAAUUUGUCGCGAAUCCAGUCUAACUUCUCGCUUGCGGACAGUUUUUGAUGGUUCUGCAGUUUCUAGCUCAGGGAAAUCAUUUAAUGAUAUACAAUACGUUGGGCCGACUGUACAAGACGAUUUGCUAAGCAUAUUAAUUCGAUUCCGACAGCAUAAAUUCGUAGUCACUUCAGAUGUCCAAAAAAUGUACAGACAAAUCUAUGUAACUGAAAGUCAAAGAAGUCUGCAGCAAAUUCUGUGGCGCUCAGACACUUCACAACCAAUCAAACAAUAUAAAUUAAAUACUGUCACUUAUGGGACAUCCAGUGCUCCAUAUCUUGCCACCAGAUGUCUUGUACAGUUGGGUCAAGAAUGCGCAGAAAAAAAUGUAAGUGAAACAAUCUUACACGAUUUUUAUGUAGAUGACUACAUCUCAGGAAAUGAUGACAAAGCCACUCUGUUAGAAACAUGCAGAGGCGUCAUUAAAACACUAGAAAGUGCUCAUUUUCACUUAAGAAAGUGGCGUUCAAAUACACCAUCAUUACUUGAUAAAUUAGUUGCAGAAAACAGUAGCGAUGAACUAUUUAAAUUGGACACAGAAAAUCACUCGAAAACCUUAGGUUUACUUUGGUCAUGUCAAUCUGAUGAGCUGCUGUUCUCUGUAGCUGAAAAUCUAAAACCCAAACCCACUAACAAACGCAGCAUUCUAUCCACCAUUGCCACGAUUUUUGAUCCUUUGGGACUAAUAAACCCAUGUUUGCUACCAGCUAAACUAAUUUUACAAUCCUUGUGGGCUAAAAAUAUUUCUUGGGAAGGUCAAUUACCCGAGGACAUCGAGGCUCAGUGGAACAAUUUUGCUAAACAAAUACCAGAAAUAGUCGAAAUUCGUAUCCCGCGCAGAAUAAUAUGUGAUUUUUACGUCAAGGUCGAGCUACAUGCUUUCAGCGAUGCCAGUAAUAAAGCUUAUGCAUCAUGCAUAUACCUACGCUCAAUUUCCAAUACAGGACAGGUUAGUGUACAUUUAGCAUUAGCCAAAAGCAAAAUUGCUCCACUGAAACAGAAAUUAAGUACCCCACGCUUAGAAUUACUAGGGGCCCUCUUAUCGAUACAACUAGCAAAAAAGGUAAAAAAUUCACUGCGCUUGAAUAUCGAUUCACAGCAUUUUUGGUCUGAUUCAACUAUAGUUCUGUGCUGGAUAAAAACAUGUAAACAACAAUUAAAACAAUUUGUCUACAAUAGGAUCACAGAAAUCAGUAACAACUCUGACCCCAUAGAUUGGCACUAUGUACCCACAACCUUGAACCCUGCCGACAUAGGUAGUAGGGGUCAGAGCGCAUCAAACCUCAAAAAUUCACUUUUGUGGUGGGAAGGACCGCCCUUCCUUCAUGAAACGGAAAUACAAUGGCCUACUCAACCUCAAAACUUACCUUUAGAAAAUUUGCCUGAAGUCAAAAUACAAUGUCACGUUUCAACUGAACAAUGCGAGGAUAAUUUUACCUCUAAAUACUCAAACUUUUGUAAAUUGCAACGUAUUGUAGCAUACAUGAAUAGAUUCGUUCAUAACUGUAAAAAUGUAACAAACAAGAAUACAGGUCCAUUAAAGGUGUCAGAGCUUAAUCUGUCUUUACAAAUGUUGUGCAAACAAGUGCAGACUGACAAAUUUAGCGAGCAACUCUCGCGUUUGCUAAAUAAGCGCCCACUUUCUCACAAAGAUACUCUGUUGAAAUUUAAUCCAUUUGUAGAUACUUUCGGAAUUAUGCGAGUAGGCGGUAGACUUGCAAGUUCAUAUUACGAUUAUAAUACAAAACACCCUAUUUUAUUACAUGCAUCGCAUCACAUCACUAAAAUAUUAGUACACCAUUACCAUCGAAUGUUGAUGCACACUGGACCACAGCUGAUGCUAGCAACAUUACGUCACAGGUACUGGAUAAUUAACGGCCGUAACCUUUGCAGACAGACUUCACAAAGCUGCAUUACAUGUUUAAGAUACUCGGGUAAAACUCAUCAGCCAAUUAUGGGCAACUUGCCACUGCAAAGGGUACAGUCCGAAUAUGUAUUUGCUAACACAUCCUGUGACUACGCUGGGCCAAUCCUGAUAGCGAGCAGAAAGGGUCGUGGUUGUCAAACGAAGAAAGCAUAUAUAGUUGUUUUUGUUUGUUUGGCAGUGAGGGCGGUACACUUGGAGCUCGUCACUGAUUUGACAGCCAUGGGCUUUAUUGCCGCUUUAAAUAGAUUCAUAGCCCGCAGAGGCAAACCAGCCACCAUUUUGUCAGAUAAUGGUACUUGUUUCAUAGGGGCUUGUAACGAAUUAGCAAAGUUCCUUAAAAAUAAUUCUGAAGAAAUAACGUCAUAUUCAGCUACAAAGGAAAUAGAAUUCAAAUUUUGUCCUGCUUAUAGCCCACAUUUUAAUGGUUUGGCGGAGGGCGCAGUUAAGCAGAACUGCAGGUCCGAAACAAAUGGCGCAGGGAUGGAGGCCAGCUGAAGCUUGGCGAGAUGGUUCUCGUCAAAGACGACCGCUUGCCCCCCAGCAGAUGGCUGCUUGGGCGAGUCACCGCAGUCUACCCGGGCAACGACGGAGUCAGUCGCGUCGCUGACGUCACCACCACCACAGGGACGCUG